AUACAUGAAAGUCACAUGACUGAAAAAUGGCAGCCUCCACGGAUGAAAAGUCGAAAUUAUUGGGCUCCAAUUCAAGUGUUAAUAAAUUAGAUGAUCGGUCAGAUUUAGAGUUUCGGGUGUAUGGAAGAAGAUGGUUUAUCUUGGUUGUUGUGUUUCUUUUAAAUUUAACAAACGGAAUGAUAUGGAUAACAUUCUCACCUAUAGCUGACACAACUGUUCCAUAUUACAAGAUAACUCCAUUUGAAUUGAAUAUCCUUGUCCUGGUAUUUGCUAUAGCUAGUGUUCCAUUUGGAUUCAUAGCUUCAUGGGUCUUAGAUACGCUUGGUCUCCGGCUCAGUUUGAUUCUGGCAGGCUGGUUAAAUGGUGUGGGCAGCUUUCUGAGAAAUGUCAGUACAUUUGAUUUUGUGCCUGAGGACACUAAAUUUACAUGGUGCCUUACAGGUCAGGUUUUAGCUGCAUGUGCCCAACCAUUUAUUAUGUUUGCUCCAACAAAAUUAGCUGCUAUUUGGUUUGCUGGUGAUCAGAGAGCUACAGCCAAUAUGCUUGCUUCAAUGGCAAAUCCACUUGGUAUUUUGGUAGCUAACUUGCUUGCACCAAAUGUUGUUCAAGGUCAAAAAGAUAUUCCUUUGCUACUGUGGAUUAUCACAGCACCAUCAUUACUGGUGAUGUUUAUGGCAACGUUUGGUAUAUGUAGCUCGGUUCCACCUACCCCACCCACUUCCAGUGCAGAGGAGAAGUCAGAACCUUUCUUCCAAGGACUGAAACAGAUUGUGAAGAACAAGCGUUACUGGUUUCUGAACUUUGUGUUUGGUUGUGGGCUUGCCCUGUUUACAGCCUACUCCUCGUUCCUAGAUCAGAUGCUGUGUCCUAGAGGAUAUACCGAUACGUUUGCAGGUCUGUGUGGAGCCUUGAUGAUAGGUACAGGUGCAGUGGGAGCAGUGUUUGCUGGGAUAUAUGUAGACAGGACAAAACGUUUUGAGGAGUUAGUGAAAGUUUGCUGGUGUUUCAGUUGUCUUUUUGCAGUAGCAUUUUCACAGGUUGCACGAUUACAUAACCAGCAGAUAUUGGUGGCUCUGUGUUCAGCACUGUUUGGAGGGUUUGGCUUUGCUAUAUAUCCUAUAUGUAUGGAGUUAGCGGUUGAAGUUACCUACCCUGUUGCCGAGGCAACUAGUGCUGGUUUAAUGGUCAUAUCUGGACAAGUACAGGGUAUAAUUUACAUUCUGUUGAUGCAGUUUAUCACUCAAGAUUUAUCUCAGGAAGAACUUGAUAAAGGUACAGGAUGUAGCCAGGAAAAUCUUGAUGCUAACGAUUUUAAACCACAGGACUGGACAGUUCCACUGUUGUUCUGCAGUUCAGUCGCAGUAUUCUCGUUGCUGAUUCUUAUGUGUUUUUUCAAAGCGGAGUACAGACGUAUGAAUGCUGAACAAAGAAUAGCUGCAGAGAAAAUCAUGAAUCAAACAAUAGAAUACCCACCACCAGAAUUAACAACUUAACAGUAGUAAAAAUCCAAUUUAAGGUUGUUUUUCACUCAGGUUAUGCCUAUAACUUUCAAAGUUAUUUAUCUGUAUAUGCUGUCACAUUGACCAUAUGCUAGCAUUUUUGUUAAAAAAAUGUGACCUUGCUGUUGUAAUUCAUUUUUGGUUAACAACUGCCUUGUUAACCAGUUUGAUUAAGAUCAAAACCCUGAUCUUAUAAAUUAUAACAUAAACUUUCCACAAAUUGGAAGUUGCAGUGUGAAUGUGACAGAUUGGUAUGCAAUAAUAAUGUUGCACAAAUUUGAAUGGAUUAUUUUUGACCAGUAAGGAAGAAGAUAUAUAUCAAGUCAUAUUCUCUGCUCUGUCAUCUCCUGUUGUUAUGUGACGUUUUAGUAAUCUUUUUUAUACAAUAUUUAACCCUUAGCCUGCUGCAGGCGAAUUUAACAGCCUUUGCAAACAGCUUGGAACCAGAUCAGACGCCGAUUAAAUCGGCGUCUGAUCAGGUUCCAAGCUGUUUGCUACUCUGACAAUAUUUCUACCAAUUUUGGAGCAAAUUGAAUGAACUUUACAAUUUUAGCAGACGACAUUUCCAGCAGACGACAAUUUAUCUAGCAUGCUAAAGGUUAAUGUAACACUACUAGUUGCUUCAUUCUUGACUGACUGAAGUACAUGUCUCAACAUUCCUGUAUUAGUGAGUCACAUAUACUUGGGAAUAAGAAUUGCCAAAAACUGCUCAAUUUUAUUUUGUCUGCAAUUAUUUUCAGUCUUCAAAAUCAAACAUGUUAUUCAUCUUUCUUAACCAUUGUAUAAAAAACUUUCUAGGGUAAUAUUUACAUUUUAAUGUGAACUGUAGUUUACAUGACUGUACUGCUGAAAUACUUCAACCACUACUGUGCAAUACAAAUGUAGUCGUUAAUUUCCUUAAGAUGUAUGCUUGUACGUAGCAGAUUUCUUAACAAUAUGUUUAUUUUGAUGAGGAGAAGACCUACCUUUAAUGAUAUAAAAAAUUAACCUAAAUUAGCAUCUGUUUCUACUAAAUUUUACUGGACAUAUCUUGUAUCAUAUUUUGAUGCACUCUCACUUUAUAUGCCCCCUUUCUCAUUAGACUUUCAAUUUAGGGUUUGAUGGUGUUUUUUUUUCACCAUAUCUCUGUUGUUACUAAAUGUAUUUGAUUCAAACUUAGAAGAGUUGUUUCGCAUCAUCCCCCACAUCUUAUUGCACAAGGUCUAUAACUCUGGCAGCAAUAUUUUUAUGAAAAUAUAGGUUUUGAUGCACUUUUGCUUUAUCUCAAUUAUUACUUCCUGGAUUCAAUCCAAAUUUGAAAUAAUUGUUCCACAUUAUUAGUCACAUGAUUUGACAGAUAGUGCAGUACUGUUGAGGAAAUAUUCCAUGAAUUAUGUCCCUUUUAUACUUAGUUAAUGUUUUGGGACAAUUUCACUCUAUCUCUGUUAUUUAAGAAAUAAUUUAUAGUAGAAGAAUGUUUUAACACUAUUUAUGCACAAUGGGUGGUUAUACAUUGUUGUAGUAGAGCGCACUGUUUCCUGUGAAAGAUCCUGUUUAUGUUUGCAUUGAUAAAUGAAUUAAUGGUAUAAAAAAUUAUGUAAAGUUGUAACAACUUGUUAAUCAAAAGAAGUUCUGUGUGUUUCAUAAUUUUUUUAUGCCUUUCUGUCAUUAUAAUAUUUAUGAAUGUUAAUUGUUUAAAUUUUUUGUUUAUACAAUAUAAAAUCAUUUGUCAUUUGAUACAUGCAUAAUCCUGUUUCCUUGCCAAAGCUAUGCACUAUUUUAUUUAGCACUUUCUUUAUUCUUUUUACUGUACAUACUUACAGGGGCACACCUCAAGAUUUAUGUCUCACACCUCCAGACUUAUGUCUGUAUUUUAAACAGCUUACUUCCAGACUUGAGGCUGUCAUUAAAGGACACUCCGCCAGAUUGGUAUCUAUGCUUAAAAGGGUAAACCUGCAUAUUUAUAUCUUUACUUAAAGGGGAACACCUGCAGAUUUAUAUCUAUAUUUAAAGGGGCAGGCCUCCGGAUUUAUGUCUGUACAUUAAAUGGCACACAUGCAGACUAGAAGCACACCACAAGAUUUAUUUCUGUUCUUUAAGCAGCAAACCUCCAGAUAUAUGUCUGUAUUUGAAUGGACACCCUCUAGACUUGUGUGUAUACUUAAAGGGAUGGGGGCACACCGCUAGACAAAUAAAUUUGACAUUUUUUUAGCUUGACUAUUCAAAGAAUAGGGGAGCUAUCCUACUCGCCCCGGCGUCGGCGUUAGCGUGAGCGUCUCACAAAUGUUAAAGUUUGCGUACCACCCCAAAUAUUUUCAAAGUCCAUUGAGAUAUUGCUUUCAUAUUUUGCAUACUUGUUUACCAUCAUGACUCAAGUCUGUAAACAGGAGCAGACAACUCUAUCAAGCAUUUUGACUGAAUUAUGACCCCUUUUCGACUUAGAAUAAAUGUUAAAGUUUGCGUACCACCCCAAAUAUUUUCAAAGUCCAUUGAGAUAUUGCUUUGAUAUUUUUCAUACUUGUUUACCAUCAUGACCCCAGUCUGUAAAAAGGAGGAGGCCACUCUAUCAAGCAUUUUGACUGAAUUAUGGCCCCUUUUUGACUUAGAAUAAAUGUUAAAGUUUGCGUACCACCCCAAAUAUUUCAAAGUCAAUUGAGAUAUUGCUUUCAUAUUUUGCAUACUUGUUUACCAUCAUGACCCCAGUCUGUAAAAAGGAGGAGGCAACUCUAUCAAGCAUUUUGACUGAAUUAUGGCCCCUUUUCGACUUAGAAUAAAUGUUAAAGUUUGCGUACCACCCCAAAUAUUUUCAAAGUCCAUUGAGAUAUUGCUUUCAUAUUUUACAUACUUGUUUACCAUCAUGACCGCAGUCUGUAAAAAGGAGGAAGCAACUCUAUCAAACAUUUUGACUGAAUUAUGACCCCUUUUUGACUUAGAAUAUGCUUAUUGUAAUGUUAAAAUUUUACUCAUUGCUUAUAUUAUACUAUCAAGCACUGAGAAUAGUCGAGCGUGCUGUCCACUGACAGCUCUUGUUUUCAUUUCUUAGUAAUUGUUUUUAAAAAGGAAAAAAGAAUUGAUUCAUUGAGUUCUAUUCAGUAUUUACAAACACACUUCUAUAAACUUUGAAAUAUGUAAAAAAGCUCUGCAGCAUUUCUGAUGCAUUAAAAAUGACUAACCUCAUACCACCCUCUGAAAUAUGGGCUUAAAUUAUAAUGAUUAAUGAUAUUUUUAUCUUUUUUUUUUAAAUUGCCAUCUGAAAAAAUAAGAUACCUUGAUAUACAGCUGGUGUUCCUUAAAUACAUUGUAUUUCCAAAAUAUUUCUACAGAGGUUGAAUGCUUAUAAGUGCAUCUAAUAUUACAUAUAUGACUAUAAUGAAACAUUAUUAUCCAAAGAAGCAAAAAUGUUCAAAUCAGUGAAUAGGAAGCUUGUUUUUCAUUUUGAUUCCAUACCAUGCAUUAACAUUGGUGUAAGCAGAAAAAAAUUCGAAAAUACAGUUUAUGAAUUUAAAGGUUUUCAGCAGUUAACAUUGGUGAUAGCAGGAACUAUUGGUAGUUUCAGUUAAAUUAAAGAUUUGUCAGCAGUCAACAUUGGUGUAAGCAAACAAUAGGUAUCGGAAUAUCCACUUAGUUUUAAGGUUGUCAGCAGUUAACAUUGGUGUAAGCAGAAAACAUUGGAAUAUCCAGUGUAUUUUAAGGUUUUCAGCAGUUGACAUUGGUGUAAGCAGAAACGAUUGAAAUAUCUAAUGUACGUAAAGGUUGUCAGUUAACUGGUUUAAACAAAAAACAUCAGAAUAUCCCGUAUAUAUUUAGGUCGUCAGCAGUUGACACUGGUGUAAGCAGAAACCAUUGGAAUAUCUAUUGAAUGUUAAGGUUGUCAGUAGUAGACUUUGGUUUAAACAAAAAACAUCAGAAUAUCCCGUAAACUUGAAGAAAAAAUAUCAAAAUUAGUUCUCUGAUAUCAUGUAUGUAAACACUUACUGAAUGGCUCCCUAUUAUCAAUACAACAAUAGUAAAAUCUUUUUCUCCUCGGUCCUUUGGACUGAAGGACUGGAGGCAGAUAGUAUUGACUAUUGAAAGGGAAGUCAUUCAAUAAGUGUAUGAAAUGAUGUAACAUGGUGUACUUUGACGUUUAUUUAUUUACAUAUGAUUUAAUAAAUGUAUUUCAUAUUUAUACAUAUUGUAUUAAGAUACAAGUUGUAUAUUAUAUUAUAUCCAGAUAUUUUGUUGUUAGAAAUAAUGAAUAAAAAAAAAAUCAUGUGAAUGUAUGUUUUUAAGCCAAACCAAAGUUUGCAUACCAUAUAAAUGAGUUUUGUAUAAUGUUAUGUUUUAGUGUUUUCCAUGAUACAUUAUAUAUCAUCUCAUUUACUGAUCAAGUGUUGUUCAGAAUGUUAAAAGAAUGUAUUUGUGUGUUGAUAUUACAUGCAGAGCUGAUUUCUGUGAUAAAUAUAUCAGUAGAGAUUAUAUA